AUCACUCGCGGCGACGGUCGAUCGCCGUUUUCACAAAACGCUUUUAGUCGGUUUGACUAGUGCGCGCGGCACACUUCCUCUCCCCUGUCCGUUCAUCGAUCAAUGUGCAUUUCGCUCCAUAAUUCGCGGUGCCUUAUUCUGCAGUGGAACCCCGCCGCGUGAUUUUUAUUUAAUUUCCGACUCGAUUCAUCUGCUGCUCUGCUCGGCGUUGUGUGCAGUUUUGUUCUUAACGCUAAUUGGAAUCGCAAUCUGUCGCCAAGAUUUGCCGGUGGAGUGUGAAGCAGGAAGAGGAGAGAAUAAAAAUUUCACCGCAAAAAUUAAACAUACAAACCGGGUGCAUUUGGCGAGUGGAAACAAAUCCGCGUUCUGCCAAAAGGAUAUUUUUGCGUUUCUGCAAACAACCAGACCAACAAGGGACAGCUGAAUCAUGACAACCACUCGGGAGCGGAGGGAAGAAUAUCACACCAACGUGGUGCGCACGUUGACUCCGUCCAGACCCCUCUCGCCGGGGACGCACACUAUAGAAUUUGAUAGUAAUUUAGAUAACCUGCUGGAGGAUCUGCAGGCGAGUGUUUCUCGUCCGGGCAGCUCAUUAGGUCAACCGAUUGCCGGCAGCUACUCGUCGAGCCGUGAGGUGCAGUACCUGCAGCCAGCCAAUGUCACCACAGUUGCCCGGGAGCGCUCGCUAAGUCCCAACCUGCAGACGGGCGAACGCAAGGUAUACAAAACGGCCAAGUACGAGUAUAAGAGCAGCGGCAGCAGUGGCAGUGGACCGGUUGCGGGCACACAAGGGGUCAGCGAGGUUUACCAGCGCAACAUUAAUCAACUCGACACGCUACUGAACGAUCUUGAGAGAGAACGAGACUCAUCGUUGGAUCGCAGCCAGAGGAGCCUACACAGAAAUGGAAUCGAUUCAGGAUUAAUCGAACCUGGCACAAAAAUCGUCAAAACAACAACCACAUACUCCUCGGCUGGUGGCAAACAACCCGUAUCCCGAGAACUGGUCUUCGAUUCGCCCGGAAGCUACGAGGUUCGUCAAUCGCGAUCACGACAGCGCAGUCCAUCGUACGAGAACUCCUCGACUGUAGUGAAGAACGUCUCCUACAGUUCCGACAACAGUGGAAUUUACGGAGGAAUCAAUCGCUCCCGCACGGUGACGCCGGUUCGCUCCGAACAGUAUUACACCGAGACGCGAACCGUUUCGCCAAAUUCAGAUGUGGUACCACCGAAUGUACAGUACAACGAGACGGUCCUGGUUGAUACGGCUCCAGCCGCGAAGGCACUGGCCAAUAUUCCGAUCUCGGGGGAUAUUUUACCUCGGCCAAAUACGAAAGUGACGACUACUGUGAGAACAUACACGUACGAAAUUCCUCCCGAAAGCGAUCUGAAUCAAACGCUAUCUUACCGAAACGAGUCGUUUAACCAGAGUAGCAACACCGUUCCGGCGACUUAUCCAGGGCGUGAUUUGUCUCCAACGCAACACGUCAAUCCAAGUUCGAGAACUGUCAUUGUCAAAAACGAGUCUAUCAACACAACGAACAACGUCCAGGAGUACCCAAUACCGACCAUCGUAAAUCAUCAGCUUCCACCUAACACGGCCAAAACAAUAUACUACAAGAAGGAUACCAAGCAGUCAAACACACACUACUAUCCGGAGCAUCCAAAUGGUCCGCAUCCUACAAAUUUCAAAGCAAUCGAGGGUCCUCCCGCAAGUGACCAUCAUCCUCCACCACACCCGAUCAAGUACACGAACGAUCCAUCCUAUCCUCCGCCACCACCGUCGACAAACACAUACAUCUACCGCGAGGAACGCACCACCAACAACACAACCAAUCGCUAUGGAUCGCCAGUGCCUAUCGUGGAGUAUCCCGAUCGACACGGAACGUACCCACGGGAACCUCAGCCACCGCCGACGGUGACGUACAAGUACAGCUCGACCACUACCAAUGCUACCAGGAAUAUGUACCCUCCACCGGAGGAACGGGAACCACUGCUGCAGCCGUUCCCCACCGAUGGUAUCCCGCAGAGCGAAGUCGACGGCAAUCCACCCAAGCGGGUUGAAGACCUCAUGGCCACACUAGGAGAGAACGGCCAGGUAACUUACAUGUCGAAGCACACACACCACACCAGCGAGAACGGAACCGGUCCCAAGAAACCUCGGGGCCCAUCGCCCCCGAAAAAGGCUCCAAUCGAUGAACCAGUCGAUAGCAAAGCCGCCCUUGUGUCAUCGAAGAAUAUCGCCGGUCCACCGGUGUACUACCCGCCAGGACACGAGAUGUUUGCCAAGAAGGAAAGUGAAGGUGGCGCAUGGCGGGCGCAGGGCGAGUAUGCAAGGGCAAGCGGAAAGUACAUGUACGAAGCGGAGAGCAAAUCCAAAACCACGUCCAAGUCCGGGGCGGCGGUCGUUCCGGUGUGUCUACCACUUUGCUGCGCCAUGCCGUGCAGCAUUAUGUGAAGCGCCAGCUGCAAUUUUGUUGUUUCGGUUUUGUAUAAUGCAAAUAGCUUAGAGGGAGCAAUAAGAAAUUGUACGGAAACAUAUUUACCCCGAGCAUUAACAAAGUUAAUUUUUCAACGAAGGAUGAAAGUGCCAUGCUCACCCUUGGGUUUAGCUGUGGGGGAUUUGUGGUGGUCUCCGCAUGGAACGGAACCUGGCAAUUACUAUAUGAAUCUAGCGAUUAUGUAACGAGGAACGAUGCGCUUGUAUUGUCUAAAACCACUGUGCCAAUUAACGAUAUUAUUAUUUUGUUAUCAAUGUAUACAUUCUAAUACAAAAUAAAUCCACUGUUCGAAUAA